CAGUGAAAAUGUCCAUUACGACCUCUCUCCUGUAUCUAGCCCGUGGAAUGUACAGUCGGUGCUACGGGUUAAUUAUCCCGCGAAAUAUACACAGCACAGUGCAACUUUUGCACGGUGAAUACGAAUGGCAGGAUCCCAAAAGUGAAGACGAAGUCGUGAACAUAACGUACAUUGAUAAAGAUGGCAAGGAAACGACGGUUCGGGGGAAGGUAGGCGAUAACGUGCUUUACCUUGCCCAUCGGUACGGUGUCGAGAUGGAGGGUGCGUGCGAAGCUUCCCUGGCCUGUACCACCUGUCACGUGUACGUGCAGGACGAAUAUCUCGAUCGCCUAACCGAGCCGGAAGAGAAGGAAGACGAUCUGCUCGAUAUGGCACCAUUUUUGCGUGAAAACUCCCGGCUCGGGUGUCAGAUUGUGUUGCAAAAGGAGCUGGAAGGGAUGCGGUUACAGCUUCCGCAAGCAACGCGAAAUUUCUACGUCGAUGGUCACAAACCAAAGCCACACUAGGCCAGUUAUAUGUGUUUUGUUAGUUUUAGGAGCUUUAUCGCUUGG